GGCAGUGAGUGGGGCGUCCCGGCAGAGCUGGAGAGCAGGCGAGCGGGAGCGUGGCUGUCACUGCGCCCGAGCAUCCCGGGGCUUUCUGGCAGGGACGCGCCGGCCGUGCGAGCAGCCUGCAGCCCGCGCCCUUCGCCGCGAUCAGCGGAGCACUCGUGGCGGGCCAGCGCCCGGGACUUGAGCACAAAGCACGUUUCCCCAAGCAGCAGCUCAGCGAGCGGCUGGCCGCACGCCGGCGCACGCAUCCCCCUCUUCUUUGUUCCGGGGGUUGGCGGCCACUCUCGUCCCCACGUCGGAUUCUCCUUCUGGGGGUGGUGGGCCGCCGGGCUCAGCUGCGAAGAUGCCCUUGGAGUUGACGCAGAGCCGGGUGCAGAAGAUCUGGGUGCCCAUCGACCACCGGCCCUCGUUGCCCAGAUCCUGUGGGCCGAAGCUGACCAACUCCCCCACAGUGAUUGUCAUGGUGGGCCUCCCAGCCCGGGGGAAGACGUACAUCUCCAAGAAGCUGACACGCUACCUCAACUGGAUUGGCGUCCCAACCAAAGUGUUCAAUGUGGGAGAAUACCGCCGGGAGGCUGUGAAGCAGUACAGCUCCUACAACUUCUUCCGCCCUGACAAUGAAGAAGCAAUGAAAGUCCGCAAGCAAUGUGCCUUAGCUGCCCUGAGAGAUGUCAAAAGUUACCUGACAAAGGAAGGAGGUCAAAUUGCAGUUUUUGAUGCCACCAACACUACUAGAGAGAGGAGACACAUGAUCCUUCAUUUUGCCAAAGAAAAUGACUUCAAGGUGUUUUUCAUUGAGUCCGUGUGUGAUGACCCUUCAGUUGUGGCCUCCAACAUCAUGGAAGUUAAAAUCUCCAGCCCGGAUUACAAAGAUUGCAAUUCAGCAGAGGCCAUGGACGACUUCAUGAAGCGAAUCAGUUGCUAUGAAGCCAGCUAUCAGCCCCUCGACCCUGAUAAAUGUGAUAGGGACUUGUCACUCAUCAAGGUGAUCGACGUUGGCCGGAGGUUCUUGGUGAACAGAGUCCAGGACCACAUCCAGAGCCGCAUUGUGUACUACCUGAUGAACAUCCACGUGCAGCCACGCACCAUCUACCUGUGUCGGCACGGCGAGAACGAGUACAACCUCCAAGGCAAGAUUGGGGGCGACUCAGGCCUGUCCAGCAGGGGCAAGAAGUUUGCCAAUGCCCUGAGUAAGUUUGUGGAGGAGCAGAACCUGAAGGACCUCCGGGUGUGGACCAGCCAGCUGAAGAGCACCAUCCAGACGGCAGAGGCCCUGAAGCUCCCUUACGAACAGUGGAAGGCGCUCAAUGAGAUCGAUGCUGGCGUGUGUGAGGAGCUGACCUACGAGGAGAUCAAGGACACCUACCCUGAGGAGUACGCUCUGCGUGAGCAGGACAAGUACUAUUACCGCUACCCGACGGGCGAGUCCUACCAGGACCUGGUCCAGCGCCUGGAGCCGGUGAUCAUGGAGCUGGAGCGGCAGGAGAACGUGCUGGUCAUUUGCCACCAGGCUGUCCUGCGCUGCUUGCUGGCGUACUUCCUGGACAAGAGUGCAGAGGAGAUGCCUUACCUGAAAUGCCCCCUUCACACCGUUCUGAAACUGACACCUGUCGCUUAUGGUUGCCGUGUGGAAUCCAUCUACUUGAAUGUGGAGUCGGUGAGCACACACCGGGAAAGGUCGGAGGAUGCAAAGAAGGGACCUAACCCGCUCAUGAGACGCAAUAGUGUCACCCCACUAGCCAGCCCCGAGCCCACCAAAAAGCCUCGCAUCAACAGCUUUGAGGAGCAUGUGGCUUCCACUUCUGCUGCCCUGCCCAGCUGCCUGCCCCCGGAGGUGCCCACGCAGCUACCCGGACAACCUUUGCUAGGGAAAGCCUGUCUACGAACUGUCUGUCACAUUUUCUCAAAGUUUUCUCCUUACUAACCUUGGACAGAACAUGAAAGGCUCCCGGAGCAGCACCGACCCCUCCAGGAAACACUGAAGCAGACGCGUCGGUUCCAUUCCGUGUCCAUCCCUGCAGCUUAGCUUGUGUCCUUCCAUCUACCCGAGGCCAAAAACUGAUCCCAUGGACUUCCUCUGGAACAGGGUGGGGUGGAGGGAGGAGGGGUCUGAUGGCUGAAGCGAAGCUACCUACGCCACCAUGCCCCUGUAGUUGGGGCAGCCAAGACCCCAGAAAGCCACGUGGAUUCAUGGUUUCCCACGUCGAGCUGCAGGCCGCUACACUCUCUGUUCUCCUGGGGUUUUUGUGGUCUCUGACCUCAGAGGACCCCCUUGAAGCUUGGCGAGGAUGGUGAGCAUGGAAGAGGUGAGGGAAGGCCCUGUCCUGUUUCAUUGCAGUGGUCUUGCCUUGUCGUGUUCAUGGCUGGGGACACAGACUAGCAGAGGAUCCUGCAGCCACAGGAGGGCCACGUCUUCCUUGCUGAAGGUCAAGGGACACUUAGAGACUUGCACGUGGCUCUUCUGUACAUCUCAGCCUGGGCAAGUGCCUGGUGGAAGAAUGGACUAGGGCACGUGCUGGGUUGUGAGGAGCGGGGUCUCUUCUCUGUAGAAUUCCUCGGGCUUAGGACUCGCCGGUCUGCUGAGUGGUGACACAGCCUGGCUCUCCUGCACAGCCACAGGCCUUCCCCGGGCCUCACUUGGAGGAUGGACUCUCUGGAUGCAGAGGUGAAAGCUGAGAUCUGCUCCCCAGGGCCUCCCUCUCCUGGGAACCCUGAGUGCCCUCUACUCUCUUCUCUGGACUCGGAAGUACCAGGAGGCUCAGUCUCCUAGAGCUGCUUGCUUUUGCACUUUGCUGUUGGUCUCAGAAGUCUGACCCACAAGUAGCACCUUCUCUUCAGAAACAUGGAUGUUUGGGUGUCAGAGGCCCUUGGGGACUUGGAGCCUCUGAAUGUGGGGAUUUGGGCCUGCCCAUGAGAUGGGGGCACUCAGAGCACUGGAAUCGCUGUGAGACGACACAGAGAAGCUCCUGCGGGAUUUCCCUUCUUUGGGGGCUUGUGUCACCGCCCGCCUGUCCCAGCCAGGCCUCAUGCCAGGGGACUGUCUUCUGCACGUGUUUGUUGAGCAUCCGCCGUGUGCCUGGGGCUGUGCCGGGACAUUGGAGAACUCAAAAGAGUAGAAUGUUGUCCUUGCCUUGUCUUCAUGGCAUCUGGAAGAUUUCUGCCAGGGUUGAAAGCCGGUGCACGGGACAUGUGGUUCUGAAUACCUGUAGUUUCUGCCUGUGGGUUUUGCCUCACGUGCUGGGGCAGGAAGGGGUGUCUUGUGCCCAGAAGUGACACUUUGGGAACUCAGCAGUACAGCUUGUCCAAAUGACCCCUUUUAAGGAUGUCUCAGAGCUUCCAAGUGGCAAAGGUUACUUUUUCUUUCCUGCCUUCUGCUACUGAGCUUUGAGCUCCUCCUGCUUCUCCUUGUACAAGGGGACAGACAGAUCCCUGGGGUGAGAUCUGGGGAAAUGAGACACCCUGCAGCUGGAAGUGGAGCUCUUUUUAUUUGUUUGCUUGUUUGUUUUGAGAGGAGUGUUUCAAGCAUGCACAUUUGCCUGGUUGAGAUUAAGUGGGAAAUGGGGGAGAACAUGGCUUCAGAUCCCAUGUGAUGAAGUGCUGGGUUUUUCAAACCAACUGGUCCAAGUCCCCCCUGCCCAUCCCACCUUCUUUAACUGGCCGUCUGCCUGAGAAUCUCUUUGCUGGAUGACCUAACACUUGGGCUGUUUUCCCUCUCUCCCAGCAUCUUGGGUCUCAUCAGACGGUAGGGUUGUGUGCACAUGCACACGUGUGUGCAUGUGUGCAGGCCAGUCAUCUCUGAGACAGGAGGGAGGGGCCUGCCCAUUUGCUAUUGAGAAUGCCACUUGCUGGUCUCAGCCUGUAGCUGUCGGAGCUGUUGGGGCGUGGUGCAGGUACAAUUCCCAUCUCACCUGAUUUCCCUGAAAUCAAGACAUAGAUGAAGAAUGCUUGGCCUAACAUGGGGCUUUGGUGUGCCAAGGGCCUAGGUGGGGAGAGAGAGAGACAUAAAGGACAGGCUGGAGGCAUCUUGGAGGAAGUAGAAUGCUGCUGAAUUUGAAAGCCAGUGACCUGACUUUGGAGGAGACUGUGGACAGAGGGUGAGCGUGAGCUGCAGCUGUAGGACCUCUGCUUCUACUGAAUCUUCACUCUACCCGCCCACAACCCCCCCCAAAAAAAUCUCCUGGGACCAAUUUUCUUAACUUUGCAUAUUUGUUUUUGGGUGGGUUUCCCCCUCUGUAUUCUGUCCUGAGACCAUGGGCAAAAAAGAAAAAAAAAAAAAAAAAACCUCUUCAUUUUUGGGGAGAAGAAAAACUGUUUGAACCACACCAAUGAUUAUCUUUCGUUUAUAAUACUUGAAAUUUAUUUUUUUAUUAUUUUGAUAGCAGAUGUGCUAUUUAUUUAUUUAAUAUGUAUAAGGGAGCCUAAACAUAGAAAGCUGUAUAGAUUGGGUUUAGUUGUUCAUUGGGUUUGGGGGCCUUUUAUGUGUGACUGAUGACUUCUCUGUUCUCUGUAUAUUUGACUGAAUUAAUAACCUGGGAGGAAGCUGUGCUCACUUUCAAACAGGGAAUGCCUUUCAGAAAUUUGUAUAUUUUGCAGUUGCCAGACCAAUAAAACACCUGGUUGAAAUAUA